AGGCAGGUGGCCUGCGGGGCUAGGCACAGCUGUGCUUUGACCAGAUCAGGUCGGCUGUACAUGUGGGGUUGCAACCUGCAUGACCAGUGUGGGGUAUCAUCUAAUGCCGGUACAAUCGUGCCUCGCCCAAUGCCAGUCACUAGCCUGGAUGGGCUGCGAGUCACUCAUGUGGCUGCUGGGUUGAGUCAUACCAUUGUCUGCACUGAUGCUGCAUGCGCAGGGGCUGUCUACACAUGGGGUUGGAAUAAGGACGGCCAACUUGGGCAUGGUUACAAUGAGCCAGGAUGCAGCAGACCUAGACUGGUUGAGUCACCCAUGCUUGCAGACGCCCAUGUCGCAAAGGUUUGCAGUGGGUCAAGGCAUUGUGCUGCGCUCACGGAGGGUGGUGAUGUGUACACAUGGGGAUGGAAUGCAUUUGGGCAACUGGGAAGUGGGUGUAAAACGAGCAGCUUUGAACCAUUACAUGUGCAGAGCUUGCCCAGCAAAGUUACUGACGUUGAAUGCGGCUGGUGGCACACUCUGUUCCUUCUCAAGCCUGUGAAAGAGGUUCCUUGA